AUGGUGAAGAGCAGAAUUCUAUAUGAGAAAAUUACCUCGACAGCGAGAUACUCGAGAACAGCAGCAAGGUGGAUCGGAGAUCCGUAUGCAACCUUUCUUCAAGAAUCAGACAAUACGGUUGACGAGGAACUACAGCCCGGACAUGGCGAGAUUGGAAACGACCUUCUGAUCGCCUCCACUUCUCCCGCCGGAGUUUCCGACGAACAGUGA